CUCAAUUACAUACGCACUUCACCUCAACGCAUAAUCCUCAUCAGCUCGUGCCACCAUUGCUAAUCCUCACUGCUCAAUCUUCGAGUCUCGAUCGCAUAUUUUAAACCUUCAAGUUGAAACGAGUGAGAAACCUACUUGAUCACGUGACCCACGACCAAUCUUCUCAUCAAACAACUUUCGGACAAUUCGACUUUAAGUUUGAUCAACAUGGUCACCCCAGCUCAGCCAUCCCGCACCGGUUCAACUCCUAGUCAAUCAUCACCUCCUUCAUUUCAACCUUCUGAUGACUUGGGCAAAAGGUAUAAGCUUUUGGAAAAACUUGGACAUGGUAACUUUGGAGUUGUUUACAAGGCUCUCGAUCAAGUCACAGGUGAAAUUGUCGCUGUUAAACAAAUUGAUUUGGAAAAUAGUGAUGAUGACAUAUCAGAAAUUCAAAAAGAAAUUAGUCAUUUAUCAGACUGUGAUUCCGAGUUCAUUGUGCGAUACUACGGUAGUUUUGUAAAGGGUUACAAGCUUUGGAUCGUGAUGGAAUAUUUAUCAGGAGGAUCUUGUUUGGAUUUAUUAAAACCUGGACCAUUUCCUGAAAGUGCUAUUCAAGUUGUGAUUCAUGAACUUUUACUAGGUCUUGAAUAUUUACACACAAAGAAGAAAAUUCAUCGUGAUAUCAAAUCUGCCAAUAUCUUAGUCUCUUCCAAAGGAAAGAUCAAGUUAGCAGAUUUUGGAGUUGCUACUCAAUUGAGCAAUAAUAAGUCAAGACGAAAUACGUUUGUUGGAACACCUUUCUGGAUGGCUCCUGAGGUUAUUAAACAGUCUAGUUAUGAUGAAAAAGCUGAUAUUUGGAGUUUAGGAAUUACUGCAAUCGAAUUAGCCAAAGGUCAACCACCACUAGCGGAAUAUCAUCCGUUGAGAGUGCUGUUUUUGAUCCCUAAGGCUAAAUCUCCAACACUUGAAGAUAACCUGGAUGCCGAACGAAUUAAAUUGUUUUCAGAUGAAUUCAAAGAUUUCAUUGAUUGUUGUCUUCUAAAAGACGUUCAACAUCGACCCAAUGCACUUCAACUUCUCAAUCACCCUUUUCUUAAAAAACGACAAUCGACAGGUCAUAAUCCGUUAAAUUUGAAGAAAAGUCUCACUGGUUUCAUUGCUAAUGGUCAAAAACUUUUAGGUGGACAUCAUCCUGACCAAGGCAUUGCUGGC